CCCCAUUCAAAGCCAGGCCAAUUGGCAAGGGGCGGAGGACUCACCUAUCUCUUGGAUUGCCAGGAUGACUCUAGUCCUGCUUUUCUGCACGCUUGUUCUCAUUCUGCAGAUGACCAGUGGAGAGAAGUACAGGGUGUGGGGUGAGGAAGGCACACGUGUGACCCUUCCUUGCUACCUGAGUCCCCAGACAGCGAAAGACAAUUUGAGGCACCUGUACAAAGGAUUAGAGGUUCACUGGGUGCGUCAUGGAGGCAGUUCUUCCAUGAAACGUCAUUUGGUGCUCAAGGUGAAGCCCAGUGGGCUUAAGAGUCUGGGCCAUUCCAUGAUGCGCCGAGUAACUGUCUGGGACGCUGGCUUUCUUAAGGGGAAUUUUUCACUCCAGAUUAAGUCAUUGCUGAAGGAAGAUGCAGGAACCUAUGAGGCACGAGUGAGACAUGGGAACAAGGGCUGGCACUGCCUCGUGGAGCUUGGUGUGGUGUCAGUCACCGCUCUCCCUUCUCGUCCUCUAAUUGAGUCUGAAUCGGUCAGGCUAAACUGCAACUUCAGCCACCCAGGAAAUCCUACCAACAUCCUCUGGUUCCACAGAGAUGUCCUCGUUCGCACUUCCUACAGGCUGCAUCCUAUGGGUCAGACCCUGCUUAUCUCUGAAUCAGUCAGUAGCGACACUGGGCCCUGGGUUUGCCAACUCACCUUUGCAGAUGGGGAGAGAAUUGCAGUCAGAUACAACCUGCAAGUUAUAGGAUUUACUGAGCAAGCCCCCUCUGUCAUCUAUACAGCAGCUGGAUCGGAUGCUCAUCUGCCCUGUGUCCUGAAUUCCAAUCCCAUGAACUAUGGAAUUUCAGGGGUGGCCAUCCAAUGGAGAUACAUGGCAGGGAGAGAACUGAAGGCUAAACCCAUUCCCAGUUAUGAAAACCAUCAAGAUUUCACUCUUCAUCUCCCAGCUAUUGGAUUAAAUGAUGCAGGCCAAUAUCUCUGUGAGAUCACCAUCCAAGGCAUUACUAUAAUUCAGAAUGUCACUCUGGCAGUGAUGGCAGUCAUUACCAGCACUGUUGGGCCAAGAAUUCCUGAAGGUUCUCACUUGGUCCUCAUCUGUAACCUCAGCUACUACACAGGAAAAGAGCGUUUUCAGUGGAAGUGGCUGGACUUGGAAUCCAGCAACAGCUCUCAGUCUGGUUCCAGUAGGCCUGUGAAAUGGGGCCCAAUCCAGGAAUUCCGCCAGGUGUCAUCAAGGGAUGCAGGCAUCUGGGAAUGCAGUGCCCAUGGUCCAGAGGGGAAGCUGGGAUCGGUGCAGUAUCACCUGGAAACUGCAGCCAGUGCCCAGCUUGCCAGCUUGCCCUCUGUACCAACUGAGACAAUAUUUGGCCUGUUACUAUUUUUUCUUGUUGCCUUACUCUUCAUCAUAGCUUUGGUCUACCUGAGACGAAGGAUGUAUUCCCUGAACUUCCAAGCAUUGGAUAGGAUUGUGGAUGCUUUGCCUGGGAAAGUAGAAAAGAAUGGAAGCCAGAAGAAGAUUCUACAACCGGAAUGCUAAAGGAAAGGAAAACGAGGAAGAAGAUUACUUAUAUGAGAAUUGUCAGGACUGGCCAACUAGACCUAAGAAUAGAUUUAUGUUGGUUUGGAUCAAGGGUCAGUAAGUUUACUGUGUUUCGAACUGUGAGAUAGAUCUUCCUUGAAAACAGUGAAGCCUAAAUGUACAGCAAUCUAUUUAGGGAGCGGAUGUAGAGCCAAUUUCUUCAAAGAAGUCACCUUUAAAAUCUGCUGGAUUUCUCAGAGAUGAUUGCUCCCCCUUUUAACAGCUUGGUAGUCCGCUAUAUGUCCCCCACCCUUUUAUGCAAGUUUAGGGAGUCUUGUUCAUUUCUAUCCCUUUCUCAAGGUUAUUGUUGCAUGUCCUGAUCCACUGGUUUUUACAUAAAAUAGUAGAGAUAUUCCUCAACAUAUGAUCACAAUUGGGACUGGGAGUGCCAUUUUAAGUUGGUGUGUCAUAAAGUGAGACAUCAUGUGGCCAUGCCACUUUACAGCAGCAAUCCCACCAUUCUUUGUUGUGUUUAUUAAUCAGGAAUUGCAGGUACCAACUAUUCCAGUCCAACUAUUCCAAAAUUUCUCCCUCCCAGUCCAGAACCUCAGUAAGAUAAGGGACUGCCUCCAACUCCCCCAACCACCCAUCUGUAUCUCCUCUGCCUGUGUGUUUAGGCCACCUGCCCACCUGCCUUGUAGAGCUGCAUGCCUGUGAGGCUGCUUGCCAUGACUCAGAAAGCUUCAGCUGCCCCAGCAAGUGCAAGCAAGCACUCAUUUGCCCAGAUGGCCUUUCCUUCCAGCUUCAUUUCUUUGCAGAACCCAGUUGUUGUUCUUCCGUUUGUAAUCCACAGUUCUAUAAACAGAAAUAAUUAUCUCUGAAAGCUCAAAUCUUUCAAUAAAGUCAUUUUGGUUAGACUUUAAAGACUGGUUUUCUAAAACUAUUACAUUAAAAAUAAGUAAUUAAAACGCAGAUAGAAUCUUACGUCUGGAAGGAAUCUUGUGGGUCUUCUAGUAGUCCAACCCUCUGUUCAAGGCAGGAGUCCUUAUAUCAACUCAGACAAAUGGUUGUCCAUCUGUUCUU